AGGCCCCGAAUAUAGAAAAAUUAUUGGAAAAAAAUCGGAAAAAAUAUUAAAACAACACAUCGAGGGGAGAAAGGAGCGGGGAGCGGCGGCGUGGGCUCUCCCACGGUGGUUUUCUGGUCCGGUCCGGGAUGGAAGGUUACCGGGGCUCCGUGUGAAAUUGACUAAUGCGGUGCUGGAAACUUUUUGGACAGCAAAAAUGCAGAGCAGUGUUUCCCACUCACCGCCAACCAUAGCUGUUGGGACUGGGUGAGGAGGAGACAACAAGUGAAGAAGAGGAGCGACUGAAGCAGAGAGUGAGAGAAGGAAAGUGAGACGAAAGAAGGACAAGUAGGAUUUUACAGAUUUUGGCUUACCUUGAUGUUUCUCCUGGAUCAUUGGCCCUUCCUGUGAGCUGUUGGUCACCUUCUUUUUUGACAAACCCCCCUGUAACUUCCCACGUUGAGCCUGCGAGGCAGGGGAGCCGCAAGUAAAUUUUCAUGGCAGCGGCAAUCUAGGGCUGCCAUGGCAGCUGCUGCCGCCGAUGCCUCACACACACAUAUUACUGCACUGACGCUGGAGGAAGAGGGACGACGGACUGCCGCCAAGCUGUUUGGGAGCGCCGCCCCGCUGCCAAGGACAGAAAGAGAAAGAGAGAGAGAGAGGGGGAAAGAGAGGGAGAGGGAAGAAGAAGGAGAAGAGGGAGGGAGAGGGAGUGGGAACGAGUGUUUGGUGUGCGGGGCCCUGUUCGCCUCACAGGAGAAGCUCCGGCUCCACGCCUUGAGUCAUACAGGAGAGAAACCCUUCCGCUGCUCACAGCCACACUGUCCCAAGUCCUUCAGCUCCAAAUACAAACUCUUCAGGCAUAUGGCCACACACUCUCCACAGAAGACCCAUCAGUGCUCGUUCUGUGAGAAAAUGUUCCAUCGCAAAGACCACCUGAAGAACCACCUGCAGACCCAUGACCCUAACAAGGAGGCCUUCAAGUGUGAGGAGUGUGGGAAGCACUACAACACCAAGCUGGGAUAUAAGCGCCAUGUGGCCAUGCACUCUGCCACAGCAGGGGAUCUCACCUGUAAAGUUUGCAUGCAGACCUACGAGAGCACACCCAUACUCCUGGAGCACCUCAAGAGCCACUCUGGGAAGUCUUCUGGUGGCGCCAAGGAGAAAAAACACCCGUGCGACCACUGUGACCGGCGUUUCUAUACGCGGAAGGAUGUGAGACGGCACAUGGUGGUCCACACAGGCCGAAAGGACUUCCUGUGCCAGUACUGUGCCCAGCGUUUUGGCAGGAAGGACCAUCUGACACGCCACGUGAAGAAGAGCCACUCGCAGGAGCUGCUGAAGAUCAAGACGGAGCCUCCUGAUAUGUUAGGUCUUUUAGCCUCAGGGUCACCGCCUUGCUCUGUGAAGGAGGAGCUCAGCCCCAUGAUGUGUGGAAUGGGUCCCAAUAAAGACCCAAUGAUGGGCAAACCAUUCCCCAGUGGGGCGCCUUUUCCGAUGGGCAUGUACAACCCCCAUCAUCUCCAGGCCAUGUCUAAUUCUGGGGUGGGUCACCCACACCCGUCCCUGAUGCCCAGUUCCUUGUCUGCAGCUAUGGGCAUGGGCUGUCACAUGGAAUCCCCUGGACCUCUUCAUCCACACUCCCAUCACCACCACCAUCACCACCACCAUCACCACCACCAUCAUUCCCCUCCGCUGCCCCCACACCACCAGCCUCCGGCUCCCCAGCAGCAGCACCAGCCCCAGCAAGCCCCCAAAUACCAGCUGGGAUCUACCUCAUACCUGCUGGACAAGCCCUUGAAAGUGGAGAUGGAGAGCUUCCUCAUGGAUCUGCAGAGUGGCUCGCCAGGCCCGGUUCCCUCUGCGGAGCCCCACGCUGCUGCCUCGUCCCCCAAGGACGGACUGGAGCCCACCUCGGGCCUGGCGGAUGAGCUUUGCGGGGAUCCCCUCCUGUCCAAGAGCCCUGCGGUGAUCGCUGAGUCUCUGUGUGCUGCUAACAUGGACUUCUCCCACCUGCUGGGGUUCCUGCCCCUCAACCUGCCUCCCUAUAGCGCCCCCAUGAGCACGGGAGGGCUGGUGAUGGGCUACACCUCAUCUGCGACCUCUUCGUCUUCCAUCUCCUCUUCCUCAUCUCUGCACGCUGCCGAGGCGCAUUCUGCAGCAGUCGGCACGGCACAUCUUACCUCUUUGCAACCGCAACCUCAGGAGCAGCAGAGCGCCAGUGGUGGUCUAGGCCUCGGACCCCUGCACCCCCUCCCAUCAGUGUUCAGCUCCAGCCUUAGUACCACCACACUGCCUCGCUUCCACCAGGCCUUCCAGUGAGAGAGCCAGCCCUCGGCCCAGCCCCGCCCAGUCAAGAUGGCCUCCACGUCAGCCUCAGCUCAGCUCAUCAUGGAUAUUUUGGGCUGGGGUUCAUUACAGGGCCUGAUCGGAGAAGUUUGAGAAUUUGAAUAAAUAAAUACACAAAUGAACACUUAGAAGCCUUAAAUGAAAGUGCACAAAAGCCUUUGAUUGAGCCUUAAAAGGAAGUUAAACCCCUUUGAGCAAAAAGGAAAAGGUGAGAAAAGAAGUUGAAGCAGCUUUUAUUUGGGCUUUUCCCCCCUAUCCUAUAGUUAUAACAAUGUAUUAACUCUUAUCUUUUUAUUUUUAUUUACUUCCCCUGUUAUCCUCCUUCCAUCCCCUAUUUAGUAGUAUAGAGGGCAGGAUCAGUAGGCCAA